UAUAUAGAUCUUUCGUUAGUUGAAAAGUUGUAACCUCAUCCGUCUCCUUCUUUCACUCCUUUAGCACUGCUUGGCCCAGGAUCAGCUGGCAUUGUCACUGGGUGCGCUGAAUUCUGACGCCCCGAGAAGCAGCAGAGAUUCUCUGCACUGUUCCAGCGGCUAUAGCACCCAAACAACCACCCCGUCCUGCUCCGAGGACACUAUACACACCCACACUGUAAAGAGAGAUCCUCCUAUCUAUGUCGACUAUGAGUCCAUCUCUCUCCACGGAGACACUGACUCUAUCUCCUUACAUCACCUCUCCCACGGCAACAGCCAGUCAGAUUUCGACAAGUCAUCGACCAUCCCGAGAAACUCCGACCUCAGAUUCCAGUACCGGGAGUUCAUCCACUCCAAGCGUCCUGCCUCUACUGUCAGCCUAUUGGCUGAGUCCGACUUGAGUGGUGUGUCUAACCGCCAGAUGCCAUCCCACACGGCAACCAUCAGGCGCAAACCUUCAUCUAAGCCGCCUUUUCGCAGAGGAACAAUCAGUGGUGGGGUUCCCAUCCCCAUCUCCACCCCGCAGGUUCCACUCAAACCCCUCGGCGGAACCAACGGAAGCGAUGAGAACGUUUUCAAAGUGCCCUCUUCUGUAGGUUUAGGUCACAGUAAACUCUGCACCUCCACCCAGAGCCUUAGUGCUUUACCACCCUCCUCCUCCCCAUACUACCAGAUUGUCCCAGGCCAGAUGCCCAUCCCAGUGCCCAUACCCACUGUUCCUUCACUGCCAUCUGAGGGAGGGAACAGUGUCAAACAACAGCAACAGAGGCAAUACCAGCAACAUCAGCAAUACAGUCAACCACAGCAACAGCACAACCAGCAAUUCCAGAUUCAACAGUUCCAGCAACAGAUUCAACAGCAACAGAUUCAGCAGCAACAGAUUCAGCAGCAACAGUUCCAGCAGCAGAAACAGAUUCAGCAGCAACAGUUCCAGCAAUGGCAACAGAUUCAGCAGCAGUUUCAACAUCAGCAGCAGCAGCAGCAGUUCCAACAGCCCCAGAUUCAGCAAGCCCAGCAGCUGCAGCCUCAGCACGAUCAGUAUCAGCUGCAGUUGAACCAGCAGCAGAAACAGAAGCUGUUCCAGCAGCAGCAACAGCAGCACCAGGCCUACACUACUCAGGCAGAGCCCUCCGGUGUGCCCAACAACAUCAACUACCAGCCCCAGGCUCCUCCACCCUCCAGCCAGGACCAAAACCCUGAGCAGGUCACCCUAGAAGAAGAAGAAGAAGAAGAAGAAGGAGAUGGAGGAGGCAACAGAAACAUGUUGACCCUUCUUAGAGGAGUAAAGCUCAGAAGGACCAUCACCAAUGAUCGCUCUGCCCCUCUCCUACCCCCUCCAACCAAUCACAAAUGAGGCUGACCAGCAGAUUUUUAUUUCUCUG